AUCACGAGAGUCUGUGGCUAAAACUUCGACCCUAUCGACUUCCACGGGAAUAUUCCUGCAUAGUUGUUGGUCUUGUAUACCAUCCACCACAGGCCGAUAAUAACGAACUGUAUGACCACCUCAUAACCUCGUUGGACAAAAUUUUAGCAUCUUACCCAACAGCAGGUGUAAUUGUUAUGGGUGACUUUAACCAGUUCGAUUCCAAACGCCUUUGCAGAAACACGUCACUUAAACAAAUUGUAAAGAAACCUACCCGUGGGAAUGCAACUUUAGAUUUAAUAUUUACUAAUAUGAAACGUUGUUACAAUGACCCUGAAAUACUCCCUGCUAUUGGACAAUCGGAUCACAUGUCAGUCCUGUUACACCCCGUUAGUAACGAUCACCGCCCUAAUACCAUUACCAAAGUCUGGGUCAGAAAGCGGAAGCAAUCAAAUAUGCAGGCAUUUGGUCGAUUUCUUUUGGAUCUUAACUGGAAUGUACUUUUGCAGCUACCCAAUUGUCUAAAAAUGUGUGACCUGUUUUAUGACAUUAUCCUCAUGGGUUUGGAUACAAUUUUUCCCCCAAAAUCUGUUAAACUCCACUGUAGAGACAAAGCGUGGAUUACCCCUGAAAAAGUAAUUCACGUCGUGAAACAGGCAAAGUCUAAAUACUUCGAGUCUCAAGUGAAUCAUCUAAAAAAUUCAAAGCCAAGGAAAUGGUGGAGUGCUAUUAAAAACCUAGCUGGCUUUUCUUUAAAGCCUGCCUUCCAUUCUGCAGAGAUGAAUGGAACUAUCUUGCAGGGACGAGACUUAGCACUCGCUGUUAAUAACGGGUUUUUAGCCGCCACCAAAUCGUUACCGCCGCUUUCAAUAACUGAUAAAUUAUCUGUGGAAGAACCUACCGUUUUGUACCCUAUCUCCGUUGUUGAUGUCGAAUCGCGUUUAAAAGCAGUUAAAUCGAAUAAAGCUCCUGGUCCAGACUCUCUGCCAAAUUGGAUUCUCAAUAACUUUUCAAUGGAGAUUUCAGAACCUCUGACAAUGAUUUUUAAUGCAUCCAUUAAACAAGCACAAGUUCCAAUGCAGUGGAAAGAAGCAAAUGUCGUUCCCGUCCCUAAGACAUCCUCGGUCACGGAUAUAUCUUCAGACCUGCGACCUAUAUCUCUGACCGCAACGCUCUCAAAGGUUCUUGAAUCAUUUCCAUUUCAAUGUAUUAUGGAUACCAUUAAGUCUCAGUUGGACCCAAAGGAAUUCGGAUCGUUAAAAGGCUCUUCUACGAUAGACGCAUUAAUUAGCAUGUUCCACUGUUGGUAUUCUAACACAGACGGCAAUGGCGAGACUGUUCGUGUUUUUCUGCUUGACUUUAGUAAAGCAUUCGACAGAAUCAACCACAAAAUCCUAAUAAAAAAGAUGCAAUUACUAAAUAUUGAUAAAUCCUUAAUAAACUGGGUCAUUAAUUUUCUGAUGCAAAGAAGACAGAGGGUGAAAUUGUGUUCUUCGUUCUCUGAUUGGUCCUUGGUAAAUGGAGGCGUCCCGCAAGGUACAAUCCUUGGCCCAUUUCUUUUCCUCAUCAUGGUCAACGAUUUGGCUAUUAACCACAAAGAUAGAUGGAAAUAUGUUGAUGACACUAGUCUCUCCGAAACAAUCGGUAAAGGUUGUCAAAGUAACCUGCAAUCCGUUAUUAAUAAUAUCGACCAAUGGUGCACGGAAAAUGAUAUGAUGCUUAAUCGUUCUAAAUGCAAAGAGCUAAUUAUCUCGUUUGCUAAGGACGUCCCUAAUCUUCGACCAUUGUUUAUUAAAGAUCACUGUAUGUCCCCAGUUUUAUCAGCAAAGGUUCUUGGUCUGUACUUUUCUUCUGAUCUUAGUUGGAACUUACAUGUUGAACACAUAGUACACAAGGCAUCAAAGAGACUUUUUUUUCUCCGAGUGCUUAAACGCAGCGGUCUUCGAGGGAAUUCUCUAAUUCAAGUCUAUACCACAUGUAUACGACCUGUGCUUUAAUAUGCAUGCCAGGUUUGGAACUUAAACUCCCCUGACUAUUUAAAGGAAGAAAUCGAAAGAAUUCAGAAGCGAGCCCUACGAAUAAUAUGUCCUGACCUGUCAUAACGCAAAGCCUUGGAAGUUCAUGAAAUAUCGUUGCUCUCUCAAAGACGAAAUAAUUUAUGUAAAUCCUAUUUUAAGAAACUUCUCAACCCGGAAAAUAAAUGGAAUGAACUUAUCCCUAAUAAACGCGAGGACGUACGUACUUACAAUCUACGCAACGAUCAGCAUAUUAACUUAAUUAAUUGUAAGACUACAAGAUUUAGUAAAAGUUUUAUUCCUUCUAGUAUCAUAUCAUAUAAUGAUUCAUUUUAAUUGUAAUAUAAAUUUCAGUUUUAAUAUACCGUAUAUUACCAUAUGUAUUAGUUUUACCAUGUAUUUUAAAUGUCAACUCUGUACAAUUCAACUCUUAGCUUCCAUUCAGAUUUUGUAAUAAAUUCAAUUCAAUUCAUUAACCAAUCGGACAAUCGCUACUACACGCUCUUGAAAACAACAACAAUUGUGAACAGAAUUUGAUCGCAAAUUCGCGAAAAUAUACAGCUACAAUACAGAGACUUUUUCGAUAAAAUAUACGAAAUUUAAAAUGGGAAACCCGCUAAACAGAGAGCCAAAGUAAUUUUGAAGAUUUUCGACCUGAAUAUUUGAAGAUUGCGAAGCGUUUGAACUUUGAAGCGACUAGCGAGAGAUGUUGUACUUGCCAUGGUCUGAUGAAAUUUCAACGCUACGCGUUGCUACUUGCUGAGCAGCAAUGUAUCGAUCAGAAAUUUAUUCAUACAACUAAACCAACGUCUCAAUAAUUGCAAACUUACUUCAAAGUCGAAGGGUAUCGUACAAUGAAACUUUACAAUGCGAGUAUAUUUGUAAAAUUAUGUGCAAGAAUUUUAGUUCAGAAUUUCCCGUGCAGAAUUGUCUGAUCCUGCACGGCUGUUGACCAAUCAAAUUUCGUGUUUCUCUAUAGUUAUUAUAUAAUCGCGGUUCUACCUUACAUCAAAGGACUAACCGAACCCCUAGCCAGAACACUCCAAAAACAUGACAUCAAGGUUUACAAUAAGCCAGUGAAAACCCUCGAACGCCAGUUUCCAUCUGCAAAACAGAAACCACCAAUUGAAGAGCAGAAGAACGUAGUCUACCAAAUACCGUGUCAAGAUUGUAGUUGGAGCUACAUAGGCGAAACAGGAAGAUCCCUGAAGACGAGAAAGUCUGAACACGUCAGGAAUGUAAAACAAAGCAAGAAGGGAUCGAAUGUUGCAAAACACGCAUGAACUCAAGAUCAUGUAAUUGACUUUGCCAAUGCUAAAGUGAUAGACAAGGGAAAUCAUAGAAACCUUAAAGCCUUAGAGGCCUGGCACACUGCACUAACAGACGAAGCUGAUAAUAACUCUAAUACGCUUCCAGCACAAUACACAAUACUUUUAAGAAAGGAACUCAAGAAACAUUAAUUGCUGCGGAGCGAGCGAGCCUGAAGCGAGCGAGCGUAGCAGCAACCUAAUAUAUGCAGAGAGGGGGUUUUGAACUAAAUUUUAUUUAGCGCAUGGAAUUGUGGUCGUGCGCGAUUUCUAUGCGCAGAACACACAUUUUAAACUCGCUCGAGUCUUUGAUUUUUAUCGAAUUUCUAAAGCUUUUUCAUGUCUAAUGUUACGUUCACAUUUGUAUUGGACUUUGGCCACUGUCAGUUCUAAAUUUUUAUAAAGUUUUGGUUUCUUAGUGUGAUAAAUCUGUGUAUAUAGUUUAUAUAAUGUGGUAAAUGCGCCUAGCAGUAAACAGACUUGAUAUGAAAUCUGAUCUUAAUUUACCUGUAUGUCAAUGAGACGCACAUGUUUAAUAUCUGUCACCUCUGAUUGCCCUUUAACCCCUGGUCUUUGCUACUUCAAUAUAUAUUGCUUCUUCUCAGUUCCAUUCUUAGCUCACUAGUCGCUGCGAGUAAUCACUGUGCUUGAUAUAAUCUGUGCUGUUUACUGUAGUUCUAUUUGCUUUUAAUGCCCGCAGCAAUCCCUACCUUGCAGGUACCCUAGUUAAUUAAAUAUUCAUAUUGCCCGUUUGUAACAUAGCAUAGAUAGUCUCAGAUUUCAUACCACCUACUUAAGUUUAGCGUCCUUUAUAGAAUCAUUUGUAUACACCCGUCGAAGGCUAUAGACUGAUAGCCGAAAGCUCGCAGAAAUAAAUAUUAAGUCAGAGAACGUUCAUUAAAUAAUUAAAUUGUUAUUGGUGAUUUCAAUAGUUUUCGUGUUUUUUGGGACACCUGUAUAUUUGAGAAUGUGGAUGACGUUUGGCAUCAUUGGGCAAGCUUAUAUUCGUCUGUGCUUGACAAACAUGCACCAGUGCAGAAAAUACGUUUGAGAACUAAUCAGUUACCUUGGAUAAAUCCAAACAUUCAGGAACAAAUGCGCCUUAGGAAUCGUUUGUAUAAGAAGUUUCGUCUAUUUUCUACUGAAGUGAACUGGUUUAAUUACAAAGUACGACAUAAUAAAGUAGCAUCGUUAAAAAGGGAUGCAGUUAAAAACUACUGUUCCGAUGCGGCUUUUUGCACAUCGUCUCGUUCUGUCGGCCAAUUUGGGAAAAAAAUGAAACCUCUGCUACCGACCAGCAAAUCUAGUGUUGACACUUGAGUAAUAAAUCUAUUGGAAGAAGGCAAAGUCGUAACUGAGCCUAGUGCUGUUUUUAAUGAUUAUUUCUCUAAACCAGUUGUUGAGGACUCUAUACUGAAUAUGUCUGAGCAGGAUUUCAUGAAUCAUAUGAGUGUAAAGUCGAUCACGAAUCGUUGUUAUGACUUUGACUUCUCUUUCCAACAAGUUAACACUGUUUAUAUUACUGAUCUACUCACAAAUCUGAAUGAAAGGAAAUCCACUGGUCCUGAUGGAAUUCCUCCCAAGCUUCUGAGAAUAUCUGCUUCUGUUAUCGCCGAACCGUUUGCAAACUUGUUUAACUAUUGUAUCACAAAAUGUGCAUGGCCGAGGGAAUGGAAGUGUGGCGAUGUUACUCCGGCUCAUAAGAAAGAAGAGGUGACCAACAACAAGAAUUACAGGCCAAUUACUAUUUUAUCCGCAAUACCAAAACUGUUUGAGACAGUUAAAUUUGACCAGCUAUACGAAAAAUUUGCCCCAACAUUCUGGGGAAACAUGUCGG